AUUAUAUUUACUUAAUGAUUUACAUACAAUGAUUUAUUUGAUUAUGCUAAUUUUAAUAUAAUCUAACUGCAUUGCAAUGCAAAAAAAAAAAUUAAUUUUACUUAUUAAAAAUGUUUAUAUUAAUUAAUUGCAUUUAUCACGAGUAGAGAAGUGCCAUAUACCUGCAAAAGGAGCUGCCCGUGCGUAUCGCCCACCGGAUCGCUGGCUUCCGGGCCCUACCAUUCCUGGUCGGCUGUAAUCCCACAAUACUGGCCGUCCAUGAGAUGUAUAUCCGGGCCUUUUAUAUGCUCUCAGAGUAUCCGCCGAUUACGGAUUUGGAGUCUGAAAAGGAAUAUUCAAAUCUAUUGAGACAACUGUUGGAAACGCAUAAGAAUGUGGUCACACAACUGGCCGAAGGGUUCCGCGAGUGCCGCAAACACAUCCAGUGCGAUGGUCCAGAUUUGGAAGACUUGGUUGACUUGGAAUAUUUGGAAGACUUGGUUGACCUGGAUCAUUUGGAAGAUUUGGUUGACCUGGAUCAUUUGAAAGAUUUGGAAGCACAAGUUGACCAUGUGCUGCAGUAUCUUUACUAG